UGUAACAAGCGAAGUUGACACGAUUCUCAUCCUGCAACUGAGAGUCUUGUAGAGCUGAGAUGAAGCAUGUUUCCAACUGUCGACAAGUGUCUCUUGUCUCUUGUCUGCAUCUGAACUGAGCUGGCCCCUCUAUCCGUCUACAGCGUAUAUCAUCUGUCACUUGUCACUCUCGCUCGGGAGACGGCUUGACACAUCCUUCAUUUCUCCCCUUUCAAUUGGAAUGUCUCACUGACCUUUUCUGCUUUCGCGUUGCCGUCGCUCCCCUUUCUGCUUCUGGUCUUCUGUCAUCUGGACCCUGUUCCUUUUUGGUCUUUGUUCCUGAUCGACCACGACCCCAUUUCGGCCCUGAGCCUUGACCUUCUUUUCUCUUUGCUAAAAAGGCUCUCCCCGUCACUCGGGCCAUCUUUCUUCGCAGUCCAACCCACAUAUUUCCCAGGCAACUUGGUCCUUGCACCUCAGUAGCAAAGUCCGUCCGCUCCUUCGUCACUCUUUGAUCGUUCAAGUCGUUCCCUCGUUCGCCCGUUACCACCUUGCCCUACGAACCGUUGCCUCAUCCACGAGCACGCAGACCACAUUCUCUAUUUCUGCCACGCUACGCUCCGCAACGCCCUCGACCUGCUGGCCAACGUCGAGAGCCUAAUACAGAAAAGGAAGAACCAUUGUUCCUCACCGUCCGUCCGGGUCUCUGUUUACUGUCGGGGAAAGAGAGAUAAGAAUGGCGGUUGUUGCACACAGAACUACUACUACUACUUCCUCUCCGUCCUCUCGAGUCCGAUUGUCUUUGCAGACCAUCUUCAGUCGCAACUUGAACCACCACCUCGUCUACCGCAAGAGCAGCUCGAGGUCGACAAGUGCCAUGAGUUCCUCGGCCUCCUCCACUACCUCGUCCGUCCGUCCGUCUCCCAGUGCAUCUUUCAGCAGCUUUCGGAGGGAACAGCAACAACACCAACAUCCCGUCGACCACUUGGGUGUAGUUGGCCUCUCGCCCAUUUUGGGUCCUGCCUCGUCCCCCUGCAGCUACAACUACAUUCGUCGCCAGCCGUCGGCCAUUGAUUUGGCUCUCGAGCAGGAAAAGUACGCCGAUCACACGGAGCUCGUGGGUCUGGGCCUUUUGGAACCUAGACCUAGAGCCAAUACGUCUUCUACUGUCGCUUCGACGUGUUCAAUGAUGGAGUUUAUGCACGAGUCUAUGCAGACGCCGGUUGUUCUGGAUGGCAUUUUCGAGGUGCUUGAACGGGCAUAACAGAUAUCUGGAUUGGUUUUAUACCAAUGGUCACCAGACGAAGGCAUUUUUUUCUCAGGGCAAUGGUGAUCAAGGUUCCGGUUCGUUCUGGUUCCUGGUGGACGGAUUGUACGAAGUCUAUGAAUGUUAUGUAUGAGUGAAAGAGAGUAGGAUAUUCGAUUCUCGGUAGCAGCUAGGGAUGAUUGGGUUUUGGGUCGGAUGGCACUGGAUAGGGCUGGACAGGAAGGACGGUAUAGGAAAGGACAGUGGUUAUCAACAUGCUCUUCCAUUGCGACAUAGGAUAUCUCUUGUGCUAUCGAUAGCACACAGUAAUGACAUAGGUGUCCACAACUUGAAGUCGAUGGACGAAUAUUCUGUCUACAAUCAACUGGACUGUACGUUCUCCUAGUAGGCUUCGCUUGAAAUCAAAGGGGGUUACGAG